AAAGAAAAAAAAGGGAAAAAGUUGACCCCCCAAAAAAAUAAAAUCAUCCUUAUUUGCCGGUGACCACACACAAGAACGAAGCAAAAAAGAGUCGAGAACAGGAACGCUUUGAAAAUCCAAGUGAAAAUCCAACCAUUAAUCAUCAAUUCUACAAAUCGUUUUUUUAAUUUUCUGGAACACACACCCUCUUUCUCUCUAGCCUAGGGUUUGGAUUUCUGCUAUAAUCUUUGGGUUCCAAAUCGUUGUUCAGAGAGAGAGAGAGUUGGGUUUGUUCACAAUCGCAAGUAGAGAUGUCUAUCAAAGCACCCAUUACGGGAAUAAGCAUGGCCUCAACACCAUCUGCUUCUCUUCCCCCCUCCUCUAGUAGGCUCAUGGCACCACCUCAGAACAUCUUUUUCGGCGAUGGAGUGGGAGCUAUAAAAUUUACAGGGAUACGACUGUCUCACUCCAUCAGAUCCAGAUGUAAUGGUCAUGAUGGAGGUGCUCUUGGUGCUCGAAUGAACCUUUUUGACCGAUUUGCUAGAGUGAUCAAGUCAUAUGCAAAUUCAAUUGUUAGCUCCUUUGAAGAUCCAGAGAAGAUUUUAGAACAAACUGUGCUUGAAAUGAAUGAUGAUCUAACAAAGAUGCGUCAAGCUACAGCACAAGUAUGCCUCAUUUUCAGUUGCUUUCGUACUUUUAAAAAAAAAUAUUUAUUCUCACUCAUUGAUAGAUCUCUCUAAUUCGUUUUCUUCCCUUUUUUUCAUAUCAAUUUUCUGUGAAUUAAAGGAGAAUGUAAUAAAUCUAUAUCUAUUUUACUGCUUAAAGUGAUAGAGAUGGAGGAAGAUUUACCAAAAAACGAACAAACAAAUGAAAAGAGAUGGAGGAAAGGUGGUGAAAAAAUUUAUGGAAGUGUUUGGUAGAGUU